AGAAUAAGACCUGGACUGAAGCUCAGCAGUACUGCAGAGAGAAACACACUGACCUGGUCACAGUGACUAACAUGAAGGACAUGAAGAGACUCAUCAACAUCUCACCUGGUAGUAAAAACCGAGCUUGGAUUGGUUUGUAUGAUCAAACACAUGGUACCAGAACAUGGUACUGGUCUAUGCCUGGAGUGGAGUUCGAUGAAAGUGAGACAAAUUGGAUGUCAGGAGAACCGACUGACAAACAUGGGAAUGAAAUAUCUGGGAACUGUGGAUUUCUGUUUAAAAAUUUUACAUGGGCAGAUGAAUCUUGUCAUCACAUGGAAUUUUUCCUCUGCUAUGAUGAAACUGAUAGAAACCAGAAAUACCACUUGAUUAAAGACAAGAAGAGCUGGCAGAAAGCUCAGAUUUACUGCAGAGAGAAUCACACAGACCUGAUCAGUGGAAUGAAGCAGCUACAGGAUGCAAGAUCAGCAAAUGUUUUGAACUCUAUGGGAAACGAAACACACGUACAUUUCGGUCUCUUCAGAGACGCCUGGAAGUGGUCUGAUGGAAGCAGCUUCUCUUUCAGACACUGGCACAAAGGCUUCAACAAUCAACAACCCAAAAGGGGACAAUGUGCCAUGUUUAAGUUUAAUGAUAAAGGCAGAUGGAGGAAUGAGGACUGUACGGCCAAGAAACACUUCAUCUGUUACGACGAUGAAGUGACCCUGAUCAAAGAAAAUAAAACCUGGGAGGACGCCUUGUACUACUGCAGAGAUCACUACCAUGACCUGGUCACCAUCACCAACAUGGAUGAUCAGAGAUGGAUCCAGGAGAAAAUCAAGAACGCAUCGACUGAUUAUGUCUGGAUGGGUCUGCACUACGCCUGCACUCUGGAUUUCUGGUUCUGGGUCAGUGAUGAGGUGGUCAGAUAUAAGAACUGGGCCAAAGGUGAACCGAUGGACGACUGUGACAUGUCUGGAGCCAUGGAGACGGGAGGAGGACAUCAGUGGUUCAAAAGAAAUGAUGAUGAGAUGCUGAAUUUCAUCUGUUCUAAAAAGUAA